AUGCUUGUUUCAGAAACUUAUUAUGCUGCAGUCAUUGAGAAUUGCACUGAUUUUGUGGGUUGUGUGGGUGUGGAUGUUGGUGCUAGUGGCAGUAUUCUGUCGUUAUUUGCCGCUCAGAUUGCUGGUGCUAAACAUGUUUAUGCAGUGGAAGCAUCUGAAAUGGCAGAAUAUGCUCGCAAACUUAUUGCUGGGAACCCAUUGUUGGCUCAAAGAAUUACGGUAGUCAAGGGUAAAGUUGAAGAAGUUGAAUUGCCCGAGAAAGCAGAUAUUUUGAUCUCGGAGCCAGUGGGGACCUUGUUAGUCAAUGAAAGAAUGCUGGAGACCUAUGUAAUUGCAAGGGAUCUGUUCCUUAUUCCUAGCGGAAAGAUGUUUCCUACGAUUGGAAGAAUACAUAUGGCACCAUUCAGUGAUGAAUAUUUGUAUGUUGAGAUUGCAAAUAAGGCCCUCUUUUGGCAGCAGCGAAGUUAUUAUGAGGUUGAUCUAACACCUUUAUAUGGAUCUGCCUUCCAAGGGUACUUUUCUCAGCCAGUGGUGGAUGCUUUUGAUCCUAGUCUAUUAGUGGCUCCAGCAAUAUCUCAUACGAUUAACUUCACUUCUAUAAAGGUAUUAGUUAACUGUCUAAAUAAGAACUAUCACUUGCCAACCACAGUAAUAUUUAUAAAAAAAAUACUUGUUUCUUUAUUAGCACAGCAAUUGUUCUUUCAUAGUCCAUGACUGGUGGGCAUUCAUGGAUUUGAAGAGGUCAAGUUAAAAAGGUUUUGUGGAAUGGAAUUACUGUUUCUGUAACUAUGGAACUGCUGAAAUUAUGGAUCACAAAGGGGGUCUACUAGGGUACAAAAAUGUCGGAGGUUUUGAUAGCUGCUCACAUUGUCUUUCUUUGCAGGGUAUAUAUGGAUUUCUGUUUUGUAAACUUUGUGGGAUUGUUUGGGCAAUGGAAUAUGAUGCAAUAU